AUGGUCAUGGUUGUGGAAGAGAACGGCCGCACAGCGACAUCGGCAGGGGUGGCGCUCUCGGCACUGGCCGUGGUGACUUUCAUUGGCGGCACGAUGGCUACGGCGUACCGGGUUUACGACAAGCCCUACAAACUCAGUGCCGUGACCGGCUCGUCGGUGCUAGUCCUGGUGGCUCUCCUGGAGGCUUCACACGGGCUCGGUGUGAUGACACUCGCCACUCUAGUUGGGUUGGGAAUUGGUCUGUCCCACAACGUUACGGACGCGGAGUUUGAGAGCUCAGACGACAGCAAGGAUAGGGAGAAUGGCGCAAUCGGAACCCUCAGCGCUGGUCUCGGGCGGCUCACCGCACUCUCGGCCCUGGGGUGGAUGUUUAACAAUACUUUUGAACCAAACAAACUCGCCAGCGAUCAACGGCAGCUCGUCGUCCCGGGCCUUGAACAUAUGGCGGCCCUCCAACACUGCUAUGUUGUUGUCGCAGCUUUCGCUGGACUCGCAUUACUUGGCGUCCUGUCCAUGGGCAAUCUCCUGGCGGUCAACCGCGGACUGCUGCUUAGACCUGGAGAACUGCAUAACCGUGACAAACCACAGGCCAAGGAGACGGAGACACCAAAGGAGGUCAAGAGCGAAGGUAGUUAG